UGAACUAUAAAAUACAUAACGCAAAUACAAAUUGCAAAAGUGCUGUGUGAAGUGAGUGCAGUGCAAAUGUAACAAUUCGCUCUUGUUGGACAAGUUACCAAGGAGAAACAACUAGCGACCUAAAAAUUCAAAAAUUCUAAGACUGCUUCCCUCGACCGCCAUGUAAUUGUUGUCAACCGGCACCAUUUCCGCUUAAAUCUACGUCUGGGCCCUGCCGCCUCCCCCCUGCUCCAACUUGCUGCGCUGCUGCAUGCCCGUGCCCACCCUGUAAGCCACCAUGCGGACCAUGUGGACCCUGUUGUCCAUGCGGGCCUUGUGGACCAUGCGGUCCUUGCGGUCCAUGUGGGCCGUGCGGACCUUGCAAACCCCCUUGCGGUCCUUGCGGCCCUUGCGGCCCAUGCGGGCCAUGUGGACCUUGUGGACCAUGCGGACCUUGCGGACCUUGCGGCCCGUGCGGACCUUGCGGCCCGUGCGGUCCAUGCGGUCCGUGUGGCCCUUGCGGCCCUUGUGGCCCUUGUGGACCAUGCGGCCCCUGCGGUCCUUGCCCUCCGUGCCCCUGUGGCCCCUGUACGGGCGACUGUAGAGGACGUCGACGAAUCUGCCCGCCUCCCUGUUGCAACCCAGGCCCAAUUCCUCCCAACCCAUGCUGUCCACAAUUUCCUAAAGGCAACUACAAGUUUUACAAAGCCCUUUUCUUUUUCCUUUUACUGCCUAUUAUAAUCUUACAAUCUCUGUACGCGUUAGGGCAGGAGCCUUGUCCUAAACACCCUUGUCGCGAAUUUGAGUAUAUGCGGCGGCGUACUAAACGGUAUCCUUGGGGUGAUGGUAAUGAAACAUUUUUCCAUAACGAACAUUUCAAUCACCUGCCUGACGAAUGCGAACCACCUCCCCUGGUAUGUCUACCGAUCCCUCCAAAAUGCGAUUGAUUUUGGAUUCAAGUUCUCCUUUUUUGUUUCACCAAACCCCUUUCUGACAUUCUUUAGUCUUUUAUAUCGAACAAACACGUUUUAAACAAUUAGUAACAUCGACUUGGUUUCAAAUAAAUCUUUAUUGUUUACAAAUUUUAAAUUUUGACAA